GGGACACAGUCGAUUGAUGCAUUGCUGGCAUGCUUACUAGCAAUGAACAACAGGGAUUGACAGGAAGUCUGGAUCUCUUGACUUUAUUUAAAUUAAACCCUUUAUAUGAUGAAUACGUUCGGCCGUCCCUCUCUGGGAAUGAAGCUGAAUCGUUAGAGCCGACAUUUGCUAGCUACAUUGGACAUCUACCUGGCAAAUUUGACAUGACUCCAGACAAUUCCUUGAUGCAACUUAUACGAAAUCCACAACAAAUUGACAUUGGCAGAGGCAUUGAGCCAUUUUCCGACGAAACACUAAGAGAAAGCUUUUCACUACAACAAGGACGUAUACCCGAGUUUGAUACUUCGCUGCUUGGAUUAGAUGAUGGCGAGACCAACCUACAUGGCGCUGUGAAUCGUAUGCCUAGCAUUAAAAUGACAUUUGGCACACGAAUAGGAGGCAGUGGAGCAACUGGUUUGCAUGAUGCAGGUGAUCAAGGCCUGGACAAAAAGCACAAAAAGAAGAAAAAGAAACGAAAGCAUGGACAUGAGAAUGAAGACGAAGGCGGCCAUGUGCACAGCGAUCACAAAAAGAAAAAAAAGAGAAAGAAGGAAAGGGAACUAGGCGGUCAUGAGACUGAAGUUGAUGCUGUUGUAAUUGAUGAUUAACGAAGAACACUUUGUAAUUUGUAUUCCUUCGUUGUUGUUUUUUUAAUAAUAAUAAAUCGAGAAAGUUAUGAAUGAUAUAUAUGACACAGAGGGAAAAUAAAAAAAAAU